GGAGCAUCUGGUGCUGCUUGUCUCCCCGCGCGCCAUCCUUUUCAGUUUCUGCCUUCCCUACUUACCUACAUACUCUACCUGCCUAAGGUUAAAGCGGGCGUAUACUAGACACGAAAUUGGAAGCAGAAUAUGGUUCGAGGCUCCGUCUCCACCUAUCGCCUGAGGAGCGACCAUCUCGAGGAGUAUUUAAAGUCCCAGUUCCCCGGCUAUGAGAAAUUUGGCGUCCAACUCUCGGCAGAUGGCAAGGAGUUCUAUACUUUUAACACGCCUGCCGCUUUGACAGAGGAGCAGCUGAAGUAUAUCGAUGAGCAUGUGCGGCUUAAGCAUGAUGAUGACGCCGAUUUUCUCUAACUUUGAGUUCGCUAGAGCCUUGGUACCAGCAAGGUCAGACAGAAAUCGAUCAGUGAGGGGUAAACCGCGAGGCUUUUGAGACUCAUCUGUGCUGUACAGUACAUAUAGU